GCGCAGCGGCUCGCUCAGAAUCCUUCGAGGACGCACGCACUGAACCUGGGAGACUGAGGAAGGCGGCGAGGUGAUGGCUGAUAAAGAAUUUGUGUGGUCUUUGUGGAAGCGCCUCCAUACAGCAAACCCAGAUCUCACAGAAGCAGUCAGUCUGGUUGUGGAAAGAGAAAAAACUAAAGCUGAAGCCAAGGAUAGAAAAGUGUUAGAAAUUUUGCAAGUCAAAGAUGCUAGAAUAAAAGAGUUGCAAAAGAGAGAAUCAGGAUUACAACAGGAAAUAAAUACCCUUGUAGAAAAGAAAAUUGCUGUGGAUGAAGAAAAUGUUUUCUUAAAGAAAGAAUUGAGUGACUUACAGAAGAAAUUUAAAGAUCAAAGUCAAGAGCUUAAGAACACUAAGGAGAGGGUACAGAAGAAGGAAGAGAAAAACAUACUAAUUAUCAAAGAGCUGGAGGAGGAAAACAAGGAAUUAAGUAUACGCUGUGCUGAACUGCUAAAUGAUCUGGAGAACCUGAGGAAGCAGGAAACACAAUGGAAAAAAGAAAAACAUGACAUUGAUUGCAAAAUGAAGAUUUCUGCAGCGGAUUUAACUGAAGCAAAGAGAAAAAUCGAGGAAUCAUGGCUUAAAUGCAAAGAAUUGACAUUACAAUUGAAUCAAAAGCAGGCUGAAAUAAAGCAGAAGGAUGUGGAUAUCACUUUAGUCAAGAAAGAGUUGCAGGAGCUGCAGAAUUUUUACCAACAAAACCAGGAACACACAGCACAGCAGGCAGAGCUGAUCCGGCAACUUCAUGUUCUCAAUAUGGAUACACAGAAAGUACUGAGAAAUCAGGAAGAUGCCCACACAGUUGAAAGUAUAUCCUAUCAAAAACUUUACAAUGAAUUACUAAUUAAUUUUGAAGCAAAAAAAGCAACUGAGUCUCUGCUCCGGCAAAACAUUAUUUGUCUUAAGGAUCAACUAGUUCAAAAGGACCAUGAUAUAAUGCAAUUGACAGAAAAAAUUAAUGAAUAUGAAAAAACUUCACACUUAGUAACUCGUACCAUCUUUCUAAAUAAUAUGGAACAGGAAUUUCAGCAGCCAUCCCUUUCUAGUCUAGAAACCAUGAUGGUGUCACAAAAGUCUGAAAUUGACUUUUUACAGGAGAAAUUGAAAAUAGCAAAUGUUAAGCUAUCAGAGAAGAGUUCCUCCACCAGUAUUCAGAUAGGAAGCAUCAUCUCAGGAUUUGGAAGAAUAUAUGAGGAACCACCUGUGAAACGUUCAAGGUCUCUGUCCCCAAAGACGUGUUUUAAAGACUCCAAGGACCUCAAGAGGCUUAAAGCUGCUGAAAGGAAGAUUGAAAACUUAGAGAAGACACUGCAGCUAAAGAUCCAAGAAAAUGAUGAACUAAGAGAUGCCCAUGAAAAACGCAAAGAAAGGAUGCAGAUGUUACAGACCAACUACAGAGCAGUAAAAGAGCAAUUAAAACAGUUGGAGGAAAAGUAUAGCAAGACUGACAGAAACAAACAAAUGAGGAGAAGAGAGUCCCAGCAGUUCUUACAAGAAGAUUCUAAUGCUCUAUGGAAUGAGCUAAUAUAUUUCAAAAGGGAACACCAGAAGCUAUUGAUUGAAAAUGUGAAUCUUGAAGAAGAAUUGGAUCAACUUAGAGUUUUUAAAUCUAUGGAGUUGGCUAAAAUGCAAGAAGUGAAUGCAUAUCUGGAACAAGAAAGAGAAGAUCUACUCUACAGACUUUGUGAAGAUCAGGAAGUCAAGAAUGAUACUUCAGAGGAGAAGCUAAAACAAAAGUCAGAUGAGACAUUACAGAAGGUAACUGAUUUGGAAAAACGAUUGAAAGAUUUUGAGAAAAAGUCAAGGAAACUGAAAGAAGCAAAUAAAAAAUUAACUCAAGAAAAUGAUGAAAUGAAAUCUUCCUGUAAACAGCAGCAAGAUGAUGCAGAAGCAAAAGAAGCAGAAUUAACUCAUCUACGGAAAGAGAAGGAAGAUGUUGAAAGAGACAGAGCUAUUCUUGAAUUCAAGAUCAGGGAGCUGGAGGUAGAAAUCAAGGCUGGACGGCAGCAAAUAGUGGAAGUCAAGUUCCUAAACGAACAAGUGGCAGAAGUCAAUUUUUUGAAGGAGCAAGGAGUGGGAGUUAAUUCUCUGAAGGAAAGAAUGGCAGAAAUUAAUGAGAUGAGAAAAGAAAAUGAAAAGCUGAAGAGUCAGGUACAAGAAACAGAGGAUACAAAUCACAUUCAGAAAGCUCAUCAAAUUCAGGAGAUGCAGAGAAUGCAACGGAUGCAAGAGAUGCAGCAGAUGCAAAAUAUGCAGUGUAUGAAGGAAAUGCAGUCAGUAGAACCAAGACAAGCAAUACAGCCACUCCUACAGACCCCGAAACAGCCUCUAGUUCAGCUGCCAGUUCAGUUAUCAGCACAAGCACCAACUCAGCUACCAGCACAACUACCAAUUCAGUUACCGAUACAGCUAACAGCUCAACUACCAGCACAAAUACCCACUCAAUUGCCAGCAAGAUCACCAGCUCAGCUACCAACACAGCUACCAGCUCAAUUACCAGCACAAAUACCCACUCAAUUGCCAGCAAGAUUACCUGCUCAGGUACCAACACAGCUACCAGCUCAAUUACCAGCACAAAUAGCCACUCAACUGCCAGCAAGAUUACCUGCUCAGGUACCAACACAGCUACCAGCUCAAUUACCAGCACAAAUAGCCACUCAAUUGCCAGCAAGAUUACCUACUCAGGUACCAACACAGCUACCAGCUCAAUUACCAGCACAAAUACCCACUCAACUACCGAAAAGAUUACCAGCUCAGCUACUAACACAGCUACCAGCUCAAUUACCAGCACAAAUACCCACUCAACUAUCAGCAAGAUUACCAGCUCAGCUACCAACACAGCUACCAGUUCAGCUACCAAUCCAACUAUCAGCUCAACUACCAGCACAAUUACCAGUUCAGCUACCAACAGAGAUACCAGCUCAGCUACCAACACAACCACCAGCACAGUUACCAAUACAGCUACCAACUGAGUUUCCAGCCCAGCUAACAACUCACUCUCUUGUCCAGCCACCAGAACUACUUCCAGCCCAAGUGCAGCUACCAGCACAAUCUCUAAUCCAGUUACAAGUGGAGCCAGUUCAGCUGUACUUGGAGAAAGCUAUGCCCAAGGAGCCCAUUCUGGAAGUAGUGAGCACUGAACAAUGUAGACAAUGUAAGACAACUACCACCAAGGUUAAAUUUAAAGCAGCCAAGAAAAAAGGUGCCACGGGACAUCCCCAGGCUUUUCUCAAUCAGUCCAUCAAGGUUAUGAGCAAUAUGUUUGAGAACUAUAAGGACGACUGGGAGGAUGUGAGUGAAAGCAGUGAUUCUGAAGAACUGAUCUCUCAAAACCUAGGAACAAUUAUUGUGAAAACAUCCCAAAAAGUCAGUCCAAGAAAAGUUGAGGGGAAACAGACAGAAGAACAAACAGAAGGGAAGAAACAAAUUGUAUUAGCUAUAGAAAGUCCAAUCAAAAAGAAUAGCUAUAAUAAGGAUUGUAGAAGAUCAUUUUCACAGAAGAAGAAAAUUCAUGCUUUGAGGAGGGCAUAUGCACCAGCCACUAUUAAAGUUAACAAAGAGAGUGAGAACAAUGUAAACUUUGCAAAAUCAGUAUUAAAUGAAAGAGUUGGAUCCAUGCAGCAGCAAAUCAAUAUGCUACAGGAUUUGAAAAAGUCUACUGAAGUUUCUAUUAAGGAAUUAAGAGAUGCCAAUGAAAAGCUUACACAGCAACAAGAAAUAACUGAUCAAAAACUUCAGACUACCAAACAAAUUGUAAAGAAGCAAAAUUCAGACUUGGUUGAACUUCGCAAAGAGAAGGAAGAAUUACAAAAGAAAGUUGAGGCUGCAAAUGAAGCUAAAUCUGUAAUAGAACCUUCAAAGAACAUGCAGGCAGAAAUUAAACAGCUACAGUGUAAAUUAAAGAAUACAACAAAUGAAAUGACUAAGCUAACAUCAGAUAUAAAGUCUCUAAAAUGUGAAGUAAAGGAAAAGGAAGAACAGAUACAAGAAUUUCAAGGAAAAGUUUCUCGAAUGGAGAGGGAUUUAGUUAUGAAGAGACAUUUGAUAGAGCACUUUAAGCAGCGACAGAAAGUUAACUUGGAAAAUAAUGACAACUUUAAUGAUUUGUUAGAAAAUCUUGAGAAAAAGGUAAAAGGAUUGACUGAAGAUUGUAGUAACAAGAAAACGGCAAUUGAUUCACUGAAGCAAAUGCUUAAUGUAGUUACAAAAGAGAAGUCACGUUAUGAACAGAUGUAUAUAAAAGCUAAAGAUGAGCUGGAAAAAAAGGAUCACAAGCUUACUCACCUACUAAAUAAAAUGAGUGAGACAAAAUCUGCUAUGACAGAGCUUGAAGUAACUGCUUCUCAGCAGCUCCAUGGAUUAGCUUUACAAAGUGAACGGGCUUUUGAAACAGUGCAAAUAAAACUAAUGCGAGCCAAUGACAGAGAAGAAGAAUUCAUCACAUUUUUGAAGGGUUUAGCUAAAGAAAUAUUACAUAAUAUUCAAGAGAUGAGGGCACGAGUAAGACAUAUUAAAAAAAUAGGACAUAAUAAGACAUUUGCCAAAACUUCAACCCAAAAAGUCCAGUGUUUGGCAGCUUCUAUCCUAAAUAUUUCACCAACUGAUGUGGAAGAAAUGUUAGACUCAGAGGAUGAAGAGGAAUUGAAAAAAGCAAAGAGGGCCUGUGAACAAGAUAAGGAGUGGUUAAUAUACAUUAAUAAAAUUCUUGAAGAACAGUUUCCAUUUGCUGCAUGUUUAUUAGGAGCAAUAAUGGAAAAAAUAAAUGAGAAGAAGAAACUAGUUGAAGACUAUAUUAAAUUUAUGAAAGCUGUUGGAUAAUAUUGCAGUGGACUGUUUUUCAAAAUAUAAAAGUUUUUUAAUGUGGUAUGAUUGGAAAAAAUAUGAAUUAUAAUCAGAUACAGUAACUAUUCCAACUAUCAAUAGUCAGGUUCAAUACAAAAAAAACAGGAGUCUGUGAAACUAAUUAAUUGUCAACAAAUGAAAUUAAUUAGGUGAAUAACCAUUUAAAAGGAAAUAGUGUAGCAUUUGAUUGUUGAAUACAAAUAUUGCCACAAAUCAAUGCAAACUUAAAAAUGAUUUUCCUUCCAGUGAACAAGCUGAGAAUAUACAAAUUGACUUAAGUAUACAGAGGAACCAGCAGAUAUUUGGAAUCUAUAAUGUUGAGGUUUUAGGAAGAAAUAUACUGAAAGUAUUUUUUCUCUUAACAAGACUGCAAGUUAUAUUGUAUUUUAUAGAAGUGAGUAGACAGUUUGAUUUGUAAACAAAUAUUAAAUAAAGCAUUUUAAGUUGAGGAUAAGCUAUUAAUAAAAUAAUAAAAAUUGUAUGGUCCAAUUGUAUUUGUUAUCAUUGAAUCAU